GCCGCCCGGACACAACGGCUUUUAUCUUCCGGUUCCGCGCAAGCACUUCCUGGCUGAGGCAAGAUGGCGGCGCGCGUGGUGCUGUGUGCGUGUAGAAGAGCCGUUGUGCCCGGCCUUUCCUCUCCCAGUCUGAACUCAGCGUCAUGGCCCCGCCCCCCUGGCCAAUUCUACCCCCUGAUGUGCCGCACUUUUGCCUCCGAGGCCAAGAAGACGUACGUCAGGGACAAGCCUCACGUCAACAUCGGCACCAUCGGCCACGUGGAUCAUGGCAAGACCACCCUCACUGCUGCAAUUACUAAGAUUCUGGCGGAGGCGGGGGGUGCCCAGUUCAAGAAGUACGAGGAGAUCGACAAUGCCCCUGAAGAGAAGGCGCGUGGCAUCACUAUUAAUGCCUCCCACGUGGAAUAUGCCACGGCCAACAGACAUUAUGCCCACACAGACUGCCCCGGGCACGCAGAUUACGUCAAGAACAUGAUCACGGGGACGUCUCAGAUGGACGGCUGUAUUCUGGUUGUUGCUGCCACUGACGGGCAGAUGCCACAGACCCGGGAGCACCUGCUUCUGGCCAAACAGAUUGGCGUGACCAACAUAGUGGUGUACAUUAACAAGGCCGACGCUGUGGAUGACAAGGAGAUGUUGGACCUGGUGGAGCUGGAGGUGCGGGAGCUGCUCACUGAGUUUGGAUACGAUGGGGAGAACACGCCCAUUAUCACUGGCUCCGCCCUCUGCGCACUGGAGAACCGGAACAUGGACAUUGGGCUGAACUCCAUCAUGAAGCUGCUCGAUGCAGUGGACACCUACAUUCCUGUGCCCCCUCGGGAGCUGGACAAGUCCUUCCUGUUGCCCGUGGAGGGCGUCUACUCAAUACCAGGCAGAGGGACGGUGGUUACUGGGACUCUGGAGCGGGGAAUCAUUAAGAAGGGAGAUGAGUGCGAAUUCGUUGGGCGCAACAAACACAUCAAGUCUGUUGUAACAGGCAUUGAGAUGUUCCAUCAGAACCUGGACCGGGCAGAAGCAGGAGACAACCUUGGAGCGUUGGUGAGAGGAUUAAAGAGGGAGGAUGUGAAACGCGGGAUGGUCAUGUGCAAACCUGGAUCUAUCCGACCUCACCAGAAGAUUCAGGCCCAGGUUUAUAUCCUGAGUAAAGAUGAAGGGGGGCGACACAAGCCGUUUGUCAGUAACUUCCUGCCGGUGAUGUUCUCUCUGACGUGGGACAUGUCCUGUCGGGUCACUCUGCCCAAUAAUAAGGAGAUGGUGAUGCCAGGAGAAGACACGGCCCUCACACUGACCCUCCGACAGCCAAUGGUGUUAGAGAUCGGUCAGCGCUUUACCCUGCGGGACGGGAACCGCACUAUUGGCACCGGCCUGGUCACGGAGAUCUUGCAGAUGUCACCAGAUGAUGAAGUGAAUUGGGGAGGCUGAACCCCACAAAAUGAACUAUUCUGGGGGGAGGAUCAAUGAACAACUGUUCCUAUUGGCUCAAAGCCAACACAGCUCUUAGUAUCUCCCCCCACCCCCCAAAUCUCUGUCCCCCUGAAUAACCAAAACCAAUUAGGACCGCUCCAAACUCACCCCCUUUAGCUGCUCCCGUAGGUACCCCGGGUGCUCAGUCCGCACGUCCCCACUGGCAACAUUCGAUAAUCACACAGGAGGAAACUCAGAAAAAGGCAGAUUUUAUUGUAAGAUUGUGCAGAAAUACUUGGCCUUACGCGUUUCAGGAACAGACUUGUGAAAUGAAUUGUACUUGUGUAUUAUAUACAAUUAGUCUGCCUCGUCUUCAUUACUACUAAUAAAAAAUUUAUUUAUUUCAAUUAUGGGGGGGUUAUGUGUUUUGGAUACUUUGUAUAGUUGUUACUUGAAGUGUUGACCUUAAUAUUGUUUCAAAUACUUUUUAUUAAAUUAAAUGUAAUCUGGUGGUUGA